CCAUCCACCACCCUACUUACGAACCCCACCAUAUCCCCAGAGCCGAUGCUACUGACAAUCAACACCUGACUUCUUCCCUCUCUCCCUUCACCUCUUGUUCUUCACCAUUUACUAUUGUGGGAUCUAGAACAUCUUCAAAGCGCACUUAGAUCUACGUCAAGACUUUCGAACGCCCACAUAUCGAAAUUCGACUUUACCCUGCCUGCCGCCCAUCAUGGCGUGGCAGCCAUCGCCUGAGUCCUUGAGCACUCUCGCUGCUUGUCUCAAGGACUCUCUCAGCGGCUUUGAUAAAGCUGCGCAAAAACAAGCUGAAGUUAUGCUCACGCAAGCGAAGGCGUCUCCUGAUAUCAACAACUACCUCGUAUAUCUAUUCUCUAGCCAGGACCCCCCGACAGGCCUACAAUGUACAGCCGAAGACUACUUCCUUGUGCGAUCUUCUGCCGCGAUUAUGUUGAAGAACAAUAUCAAGACAGCUACCAAGCAGAUUCCCGAGAGCAGUGUCGCAUUGAUCAAGAUGGGAAUUCCUAUGUGUUUGCAGGACAAGAACUCUCAGAUUCGUAACUAUGCGGGAGUUAUCGCAACUGAGAUGAUCCGACGAGGUGGUAUAAUGAGCUGGCCCGAGUUAUUGCCAGAACUCUUGAAGAUGAUUGGUAACGAUAAUGGUCAGAUCUCAAACGAAGCGCAGGAAGGUGCUGUUGCAGCCAUGGCCAAGAUUUGUGAAGACAACACCAAGAUGUUGGAGCGCGAACUGAACGGAGAGCGACCGCUGAACUUCAUUCUCCCGAAAUUGAUUCAAGCCACUAAGAGUUCGUUGCCCAAGGUCCGCGCUCACGCCUUGGCUGCUAUCAAUGUCUUCACCGCUCGAAAAUCCCAGGCCAUGCUUAACAACAUUGACGACCUGCUCCAACACUUGUUUGCGCUAGCGUCGGAUAACAACAACGACGUGCGACGACAAGUAUGUAGAGCAUUUGCUCAGCUUGUUGAAUCUCGUCCGGAUAAAAUCCAGCCUCAUCUGCCCGAUCUUGUCAAUUACAUCAUCACGCAACAACAGAGUGACGAUGAGGAUUUGGCCACCGACGCAGCCGAGUUCUGGCUUACGGUCGGUGAACAUGAACACCUUUGGCAUUCAUUGACGCCGUACAUCAAUAAGAUUAUUCCUGUUCUUCUUGAGUCCAUGGUAUAUAGUGCCGAGGAUAUCGCUCUUUUGGGUGGAGCAUCUGAUGAUGAGGACGAAGAAGAUCUGGAGAAGGACAUUAAACCUCAGUUUGCGAAGAAGGCGGCGGCGCGUCAAGCCAAUGGAGAAGGCUCCGCGGAUGCCGCACAAAACGGAAAUGCGUACGAAAAGUUGGCAAAUAUGGACGACGACCUUGAGGAAGGUGAGAUUGAGGACUUUGAGGAUGGCGACGAUGCCAACCCAGAUGAACGAUGGACUUUACGGAAGUGUUCAGCAGCUGCUCUGGAUGUCUUCGCUCGUGAUUUCAGAGACCCGGUCUUUGAGUCCAUCCUGCCGUACCUCACCAAACACAUUAAGCACAACGAUUGGCCUUAUCGAGAGGCGGCGGUACUUGCAUUGGGUGCCGUAGCAGAGGGGUGUAUUAAUGUUGUUACGCCGCACCUCCCCGAAUUAGUUCCUUACUUGAUCUCCCUUCUCAACGACCCCGAACCCGUAGUCCGACAGAUCACCUGUUGGACACUGGGCCGAUAUUCUUCGUGGGCUGCGGAUCUAUCGGAUCCUAACCAAAAGCAGCUUUACUUCGAGCCGAUGAUGGAGGGCAUUCUAACAAAGAUGUUGGAUAGCAACAAGAAGGUCCAGGAGGCGGGCGCUUCUGCGUUUGCAAAUCUUGAAGAGAAGGCUGGCAAAAAGCUAGAGCCCUACAGUCUUCCAAUCAUUCAACAAUACGUUCGAUGUUUCAAGAAGUACAAGGACCGAAAUAUGUAUAUCCUCUACGACUGUGUACAGACCCUUGCCGAGCAUAUAGGACCGGUUCUAGCUCGACCCGAACUCGUUAACGAGUUAAUGCCAGCUCUCAUUGAGAGAUGGACUAAGGUCUCUGACCAGUCCAGAGAACUCUUCCCCUUAUUAGAGUGCCUGUCGUACGUUGCGAUGGCCCUGAAUGACGCAUUUACUCCUUACGCGCAGCCGAUAUUUGUCCGCUGUGUUAACAUUAUCCACCAAAAUUUGGAAGCCUCUCUUGCAGUCGCAAAUGACCCGUCCCUCGAUGCUCCGGAUAAGGAUUUCCUAGUUACUAGCUUGGAUCUUCUUAGUGCUAUCAUUCAGGCACUAGACCCAGCCAAAUCUUCUAAGCUUGUCCAGGAGUCUCAACCAGCAUUCUUCGAACUCCUUACCUUCUGUAUGGAAGAUCCAACAGACGAGGUACGACAAUCGGCCUAUGCGCUCCUUGGCGACUGCGCGAAAUACGUAUUCGAGCAGUUGCAAUCGUCCCUGUCAAGCAUUUUCCCUGUGCUCCUAAGGCAACUGGAUCUGGACAGUAUAGUCGACGAGGAUAUCGAGAGUGGUUUUGGUGUUGUUAACAAUGCCUGCUGGUCCGCAGGAGAGAUAGCCAUACGGCACAAGAGUGAUAUGGCGCCCUACGUACCCGAGCUUUUCCAACGUUUCAUCGAGAUCAUCACAAACCCGGGUAUUCCUAAGGGGGUCACUGAGAAUGCGGCAAUUGCGUUAGGACGUCUCGGAAUUGGCAACGGCGAAGUGUUGGCUCCGCAACUGGCUAACUUUGCCGAUGAUUUCCUCACUUCCAUGGACGAAGUUGACCCUUCUGAUGAGAAGGCAACUGCAUUCCGAGGCUUCACCGCUAUUGUCGAGAAGAAUCCCAUGGCUAUGGAAAAAUCUCUGUUGCACUUCUUCACCGCGAUUGCUCGAUAUAGAGACCUCAAAUUACGCAGCGAAACUAAGAAUGGCCUGCAUGAGGAUUUCCAGAAGACACUCGAGCUCUAUCGCUCAUUAAUUCCCCAGUUUGAUGAGUUCGUUGGUCGAUUACAACCUCAAGACCAACAAGCGCUACGGACAACAUAUGUCUUUUGAACAACUGCGACGAGAUAGAAUUCAUUGGUAAUGGCACACGGCGAUAAUGGGUGGGCUCCCCCCAUGUCUAAGUUCAAGGUGAUAUCAGCACCGGAGGCUUCCACGGAAGAUAUGUCAGUUUAGCAAGCCAACCACUUCAACAAUAGCCAGGGAGUGUGGAUUUAGAUCUGCAGUGAGUUGUGCAUUGGUCUAUGCAGCCUUGGCUCAUGAUCUCAAUGCACGUAUUUGCGAAAAGGGAAAAUAAUCGGAGGAAAGGGUAAAACAGGGCUGCGCCUAGUGAGUAAGGCGCAU